AUGACCAAAAGAAAACAGAAACAGAAUAACAAUCAAAGGAAAAGACAAUCAACCCAGGAUUCCCAGAGUUCAAGUUCAAAUUCCAAUCAAUUAGAUCCAAUAUUUGGUCAAUAUAGAGCAUUACCAAUAUCACAAGAAAUUUUACAAAUUAUAACAAAUGACACGAUACCAACAGAUGCAGAAACUUAUUUAGCAAUGGUUAGACAUCAAGCAGAAUCAAGUUCAAGUGUUAUGUUUUCCAAAGAGAAUAAACCAUCAAUUACAUCAAAUCCAAUAUCACAACAAUCUAUAGAACCACAAGAAAUAAAUAAAAAGGAUCAAAUACUUGAAGAAUACAAAACCACAGUAUUAAAUCAAUAUCUAGAACAACGAUCUAAAUUACCAGAACCUGGAACAUUAGAAAUCCCAUCAAGUUUCAUAUUCCCAGAAAACUUUACAGAAUGGAGAUCAUAUUUCAUACAAAACCCACCAACCAAGGCAAUAAUUUCAAAUAUUGAUCAUGAAUUAAACCUUAAGCUAAUAAUAUAUUCUUCUAAAUGGUUAAAUAAUAAUACACCUGAAAAGAUAUCUCAAUGGAUUUAUGCCCUUUUGGUUAGAUUAAGUGAUGUUUUACUAAGUAAUGAAAUGUCAAAUUUAAGAGAAUUAGGUCAAAGAGCUAAAAAGAUAAAUUUAAAGGGGGAUGAUAUAGUUUCUGAAUUAUCAAGAGCUACAAAUGAUUUUAUUAUAUUGAUCAUAUCAAGGUUUUUUGGUCAAAGAGAUCUUGAGUUAUGA